UUGUGACGUCACUGGGAGCGCCGACAGCCGGAGAACCCCCGGAGCUCCACGUGGGUCGUGUUCUGGUGGGCUCUGGUGGGCUCUGCUGGGCUCGGCGCGAGGGGAUGGAGACGCCUCGUAGGAGGAGCCGGCGCCUGGAGGGGCUGGAGGCCGAGAACCCCGCGACCCCCGCCACCCCGUCCCGGGGAGCCUGCAAGGCCCGGCGCGGCCUCCUGGGGCCCAAGGCCGAAGCUGCGUUAGAGCCGGUGCCGGAAGCGGCGGCGGGAGCGGGCGAAGCGGGCCCGGAGUCCCCGCGGCAUCACAGGCGGCGUGGCCUUGGGUCCCCAAACAGACAGGGUCCAGGGACCGCCCAGAAAAAGCCAGUGCCCUGCCCCGGGUCCCCCAAGAGCCCUCAGGGACGGGACUUGGGGUCCCCCCAGAGAAGAGAUCAGGGCCCAGAGCCCCCUCGUAAUCCUCCAGAGCCUAGUCUGGGGUCCCCCAAGAGACAGCAGAAUCAGCAGGCCAGGCGCGCUGGAGGUGAAAGGGAGCUGGGCCUGGGACCCUCGCAAAGGCCUAGGAAGCCCCAUGUGGGCCCUCCAAAGAGUCAUGGAGCUCAGGGCUCUGGGCCCCCCGGGGAUCAGGCGGCUCCAGAGGAGCCCGACACCCGAUCCCCCCCAGAAGCCAGCUCGGCGUCCCCCCAAAGUCUGAGAGACAAGGGAUCGGGGUCCCACGGAGGGCAGCCUGAGCCCGGCACAGAGUGCCCCUUGGGUCAGCCCGAGCCAGUGACCCCCAAGUCGGGAGUGCUGCCCCAGGAUGGAGCCGCAGAGACACAGCCAGUGACCCAGGCAUCCCGACCCAGGAAGCGGAGCGGCUCCGCGGCCCCCAGCCCGGCCCCCAAGAAGACCAAGCCGAAGGAGGCCCUGGCAAUUCCCAAAGGGAAGCCUAAGUCUGGCCGAGUGUGGAAAGAUCGCAACAAGAAAAGGUUUUCCCAAAUGGUCCAGGACAAGCCACUUCGCACUUCCUGGGAGCGGAAGAUGAAGGAGCGGCAGGAGAGGAAGCUGGCCAAGGACUUUGCCCGACACCUGGAGGAGGAGAAGCAGAGACGCAAAGAGGAGAAGAAAAGGCGGCGAGCAGAGAAUCUGAAGAGGCGCCUGGAGAAUGAGCGGAAGGCGGAGAUCGUCCAAGUGAUCCGGAACCCCACCAAGCUCAAGCGGGCCAAGAAAAAGCAACUUCGGCGCAUCGAGAAGCGGGAUACCUUGGCACUUCUGCAGAAGCAGCCCCCGCAGCGGCCGGUGGCCAAGGAGUGAGCGGGUGCAGGGGGCCUGGCUGUCCCUCAGCUUCUAGCCCAAGCCCUCUGGUCACUGGCACCUCCAGGGACCACGAUGCCCAGGGAGACUGGAUCCACCUGGACAGCACUGGAGGAAGCCCAGGUCCAGACCUUGGGUACUGUGGGGAACUUGGGGAUGGGCCUCACCCCUUGGAGCCCUGAGAUCUGCGCAGAAGGGCCGGUGGAUGGUUUGGCGGCUGGACCAAGGGAGGGGAAUAGACUUUCUUUGUCCCUUUUUGUGAGCAGUAAAUAUUGUCUCCUCCCGGCUACCCUUUCACAAUAUGGAUGCAAGGCAAAGCAACACAUGCCAUUUUAUUGUCUGUCACAGGUCUUUGGGGAGGCAGGAAUGAGCUGCUGGCUGAACUUGUGUCCAGGAAUGGGGGGGACCCCCAGAGGACAUCUGGUUGCCAGCCAGGAGUGUCUGUGCCCUACACUCCAUGCCCCGCCUAGUGUUGGGAAGCCAGGCCCAGGGGGUAGGUCCUGCAGGGAUACCCCACUACAUUUUUUACACCUUUGCCGCCAAGACUCAAGAGCCCAUGGGCCGGCCCAGGGAGAAACAGCAAAUCAGGAUUUCUUCUCCCCCUGACUUAAGAUAACAUUGGAGAGGAUAUGGGAGGGAGGGAAGGGCCCCUUGGUGGUCAGCUGGGAAGAUCCUGGGUGGGGAGGAUGUAGGAGCACAGGAGCUGUCCCUGUAACCACUGACAUCAUGGCCACUGGUGGCCCUAUAACCUGAAGAUGUUCCCAUUCCUGGAGAAAUUGAUCCAAUAAACUCAUUCUCUUUCAA